GGGACGCACACCGCAGUCUCACCAGCGCGUCUCCGCAGGCUGUCAGCAGCUAUUUUGGAAAAUAAGAUAUAUGAUGUUUUAUCAGGACUCCUAACCUCACGGAGAAAAACACCGAAGCAGAACAGGACUUUUUAUUUCUAAUGUUUCAUGUGUGAUGGCUAAUGUGUCAUUGGUUGAAGUGGGAGUUUUGUUUCUUAUCGUGGGGACAGCAUCUUUGGCAAAUGCUUCCUCAUCGAGCAAAGAUGUGAGCAACAGGAGGGAGGUGGAAGCAUUCAAGUUGAGCACAUUCCUGCUCCGUGGUGUGGAUGACCAAGCCGGUGUCGCGUCUCAUGGUGAAGCAAAGCCCUGCUCUGCCUGUGACCCACCGGGGGCUAGAAGGCGUGCAAAGAGAUGCACGUGUUACACAUACAAAGACAAGGAGUGUGUGUAUUACUGCCACCUGGACAUCAUCUGGAUCAACACACCAGAGUACACUGUACCUUAUGGUAUGUCCAGUUACCAGGGCUCUGUGCGGAAGAGGCGCUCCACUGGGACUGAGCCCGGGAGCAGGGGCGCGGUGGCCCAGCGAUGUGUUUGUACACAGCAGACUGACUCUGACUGCAGCAGCUUCUGCAUGGACAGGCAGAUGAGGCCACCCCAUAGCAGCGUCUGAAAUAGACAAGAGGACAGCAACUGUGAGCAGUGGGGCCUGCUAUGAAAUGAACAUAUAAGUGACAUGCUCAUAAUCCGAAAGGUGGGCAUACGUCUUUGCAUAAUGCAUCCCUUUAUUUGGAAAAGUAGCAUGAAUAUCUACUUUUCUGUAGAUGGCUCAGUGCCUUCUCAUCAGACUGAUUGAUGAAUAACCACAAAGCUGCUUGGACAAUAACUGAAAGUGAGGGGUACCAGCAGGGAUGCUAAUGGAGUGCGUGCAAACCCAGCACUGCCUGUGUCUGUUCUGCAGGUGUGGAUGAUGUUUUUCAUUAUCCUGUCACAACUGAGGAUGGUUUACACGGCCAGUUUGUGUCGACCAUGAAAUGCUUUGGUGGAGCAUGUUGCUUACACAUGUGCAUGUUGUGUGAUGUGGAGGCCAUUUCAAGAGCUGCUGCCUUCUGACUCCUCCACCACCACCUCCUUUCUCCACAGGCACAGCAUUAAACCUGCCUCUCUACAUUAGCGUAUGCUCGCAAGCAGUAACUCAGAAUAAUUAAAAAAAUUCAGUGAAGUCACUGAAACAUUCAAUUUCAAUUUAUUAUUUUGAUUAUUAUGAUGCACAACAUUUCAGUGGAUGAAUUAAUCCAGUCCAAAGCCUUGUGUAUAUUAAAAUGUGUUUCAAUUCAUAAAUUAUAUUUUCAAACAAUACCUAUAUGCACGAUAAAGGUAUAUAAUAACAUGUUGUAUAUAAAAUUGUAUAUGUAAUCAUGCUAACAGUCCUCUGUGGUAAAGAACGCAGUCAAGUAAUACAGCCAGUGUAUGGUACACCUUAUUUAUGAUCUGUUUAUUCUUUGGAUUGAUUGAUUGAUUGAUUGGGUCACCAACUAAAUUCACAAUUAAUCAACCAUCUGCACAGGAAAGAUGUUAAAAAUCUAAAUCUAGCAGUUUGUUGUAAGUCAGGCAUCUCUGCUUAUUAAAAGUUUCUCCAGAAAAGCGCCAUCCAUUAUUCAGUUUCAUUCUGCCAAAAGGAAGACAUGGAAUCCUUGCUUUAUAUUUAAAGUAUUCUGAUACACCUGGCUUUAUGUAAGCAUAUUUACAGUUAAAUUGUUACUGUUUUUAUGGGACUGAAAGAAUGGUAAAGAAUCUCUUCAUUUCAGGCCAGACUCCAGAGUCCAUUUACAUUUAGAGUAUACUGAAUUUGUAUCAGGAGCCUAUGAAUUAGGCUAGCUUUAGCCUAUAUUUGUCCUGAUUGGGUGGUAAAUGGGCGUGUAGCGCAUCUGAUUUUCUUGCAGCAGACCAGAGUUUGUGUCCUGUCACAGUCCACUUUGGUUUUUAAGUGUACCCACAAUCUUUCCCUAACCUUAACUUAAGUUUUUAGUUGCCUAACCUUAAUCACGGUUUAUUUGUCAUAAACACAACUGUAACCAUAUCGUGGUUGCCAUCCACAGAUGUUGUUGAUAUUGGACACGGUAACAUAAUCCACGACUAUGCAGAAUUGUUCAAUAUCAGCAGUUCAGCAUGGCAGAGGAUUGUGCCUUGAACAAACAUCAGGCAGUUCAUUCUCAUUUUCUGUUAGUGACAAUUGUGUGACUGAUGCCAGCAACACUGAUUCAAGAAUUUUCCUCAUAAAUUCUCAAGUACCCACUUUGACCACAAGUGCUUGUAAUGACACACCAGAAAUGUUAAGAGUAACAACAGUAGAUUAAAUCAUUAUGUGAAUAAAAAAGACAAAAAUGUA